AUGGCAUGCAGUAAGGAAUUACAAUUCCCAAAAGAAUGGUUGAAAUACCACCACGAUAGUGUGAACGAAGCCGUUGACCCAGAAUUAUUCGACGAAGAAGAGUACUUUAAGUGGGUAGUCGCUCUCGGCUUGUGUGACAGGCACACUGCCAAAAAAUACAACAUGUCUGUUCGACCAUACCACUUAAUGCGUUACAUGGUUGAAGUUAUUCCCAACAAUUCUUUGUGCAGGGAACUAUUCAAGCUCUGGACAAACCUGACGGGCAGUAUAUUCGUCAGCGACGACAAAAAGGAAACAUUCACUCAAAUUGAGAUGCGGCAACUCUGCGACGCCUUUCAAAUGUUGGAUAGACAACUUUGUGAGCAAUUUCCCCGACUCCCAACUCUUGAUGAAAUGAAGCAGUCGUUGAGGAAGAAGGUUACUGACGAGAAGUUAAUACCACAACUUUUGGAACUGAUGGAUUUUACAAACUCCGUAGCAAAAUCCCUUCUUCAGAAAGAUAAUUUCGCCGAAGACGAUGUGAGAGAUUUUUGGAGGAGAUUGUGUGUCUCUUUCGCACUCUACAUUGAAGCUUGCAAGACGGAGUCCAGCACAUGUGUUGUCCCAAAUGUUGAAAUUGUCUGGCGGCGUACAUUUUUGGGCGCUGCGUGUCCUUGGCUUCACAUACUUGAAGUAACGUCUGGGGCAAUAGGAAAAGUUAGAGCACACGUGCCGCUCAUCAACGAGUUGUACUGCCUCAGUGCUUUCCAUUGCACGACCGUCAACGAUAUCUAUUCCCACGAGAAAGAAAUAAGCGAUGGAACGAGGGUUACCAACACAGUCAGAAUAAUGGCCGAAAGUAAAGAAGUUUCUGGAGAGUCCCAGGCUGCUCUAAAAGCUGUCCAAAUACUCAAUUCAAUAACUAAAGUUAUGUACCAGAAGAUCGAGAAGGCCAAGGAGGAAAACCCAGAUAACGCAGAAUUGUGCACACUGUUGGACAACAUUGGAAUGGCGACAGCAGGUUGGUAUUUCUUUCACCACUACUCUGCUCGUUACUACGACGCACAGUGGCGCCUCACUUUAGUUGGCGUCGAACAAGAGGAGUUGGAAGAAUGGAGAAAAUGCACAGAUGAGGAACCACUGGAUGAAGUGAAGCAUUUCUUGCAACGCUCCAGCCCAAAAGCGAAUCAAAUCAGCGAUUAUAUUAUAAGUGGUGUUAUUAAUAUUCAUGCAAAUCUGUUGCCAGCAUGA